AUGGGCGAAAUCGGCCUCAACGACUACAGCUUCGCUGUCUUCGGAAUGACCCUGCCACAGCUCAGAUCCAUCGUCCCCGACGUCGUCAAAACCAUCGCCGCGGCCACUGAGGCGCUACUCGGGCAGGGGGCGAAGACCGUGGUGGUCCCCGGGAUCCCGCCGCUGGGAUGCAUGCCGCCGAAUCUGGUCUUCUUCCCCAGUAACGAGACGGCAGGCUACGAGUCCAGCACCGGAUGCCUGAAAGGCCUCAACGAGAUAGCCAGGCACCACAACUCGGAGCUGCGGAAGGCCCUCGACACGGUCCGGGGAAACCACCCAGAUGCCCGGGUCAUCUACGCCGAUUUCUUCACCCCCGUCAUCGAGAUGGUGGAGUCUCCCUACAAAUUUGGGCUUACCACGGAUGUUCUGAGUUGUUGCUGCGGUGGAGGUGGCAAGUACAACUUCAACAUAAGCGCCGGUUGCGGUAUGCCAGGCGCCACGGUGUGCCAGGACCCGUCUCAAUAUCUCUACUGGGACGGCCAUUUCACCGAGGCAGCCCACCGCUAUAUUGCCAAAGGCUGGCUAAACAGCAUAAACAGUUGCAAACCCUGGUAG